AUGGUCAACAUAAUAAAGCGGAUGCGCAAGCUGCGCGAGAAGGUAAAGAACACCCGCAACAGUUUCCCUCGUCUGCAGGACACUCGACAAGCUCUUCUAUGGAUUCGAAACGGACCGGGCGCGAUACAGUUGCCUAAGGAAGUGACGAAGAUUAGCAUGGAAUUCCACAAGAAACUCAUCGGUUCACAUCACAGAGGAGCGAGACACUUCUGGCACGAAAUGCUCCCUCGAAUUAAAUAUCGCAAUCCUGCCCUCCCCAUCAGCAUAACACGGCACGACGACCCCGCCGGCCCAGCCUAUCUGCACAUCUACACGUCUCCCAAAUCCUCCGCCUCACAAACCAUGAACACCCCCGGCACCGGGAACGCUACGCCCGAGCCCAACAACAUUUUGACACCGGAUACAUCCACGCCCACGCACACCGUCGAUAUCAAAGCCCUACAUGAAUCAGAGAUUCUGGAAGCGCUGGUGGAGAAGACAGGCGCGGUGGUGCUGCAGACACCACCGGAGGAGGCGCAGGAGAUGGCCGAGAUCGAGGAGUUCAAGGAGAGGAGUGAUAUUGAUAGGGUGGAGGUGCGAGAAAAAUUGAUGAAGGUUAGGAGGGAGGAGGAGUUGUUAAGGUUGGCGAGGGGAGAGGUGCCUAAUGCGGCUUAA